AUGAACGGCUUCAGCGCCGAUCUUGGGAACAUGCGCCGCGUGGCGGUCCAGGCGGGCGGCGCGGCGCGGCCGCGGGGCCGUGGCAUUGUGGUCCCGCCGGCCCGAGGAGGGGCGCCGCAGGUGGUUCGCAACGCGCUGGACGUGGCCGCGCCUCCCACGCCUUCCACCAGCGAUGCAGAUGGGUUCAACUUCCAGGGGUACAUGAAGGACCAGGCGGCCAGGGUGGACGCUGCGCUCGAUGCCGCGCUGCCCAUGCGGCACCCCGAGACAAUUCACGAGUCCAUGAGGUACUCGGUGCUGGCAGGUGGCAAACGAGUGAGGCCAGCGCUUUGCCUGGCGGCUUGUGAGCUCGUUGGAGGCUCUGUGGAAAGUGCCCUGCCAACUGCUUGUGCAUUGGAAAUGCUGCACACCAUGUCACUUAUCCACGACGACCUUCCAGCUAUGGACAACGACGACUUCAGGAGAGGCCUGCCGACGAACCACAAGAAAUACGGAGAGGACAUUGCCAUCCUUGCAGGCGAUGCGCUCCUGUGCUAUGCAUUCGAGCAUAUAGCGAAAGCCACGACAGGUGUCCCAGCAGACAGGGUCGUGAAGGUGAUUGCGACUCUGGGCAAGUCGGUUGGGUCACAAGGUGUUGUGGGAGGACAGGUGGUUGACAUGGAGUGUCAGGGCAAGGCAGUCGACCUUGAUAUGCUGCAAUACAUCCAUGAGCACAAGACAGCAGCAUUGCUGGAAUCAGCUGUCGUGUGUGGCGCCACUUUGGGAGGGGCAUCAGAAGAUGAAAUCGAGAAGCUGAGGAAAUACUCGAGGGACAUUGGACUGGCAUUCCAGGUCGUGGACGACAUCCUUGAUGUCACUCAGACGACCGAGCACCUGGGCAAGACGGCUGCGAAGGACCUGGCGUCGGACAAGACGACGUACCCAAAGCUCCUGGGAUUGGAAAAGUCAAGAGUGGUCGCGGAGGAGCUCAUCGAAGACGCCAUCUCCCAGCUCGCUUCCUUCGACCCUGAAAAGGCAGCUCCUCUGGUAGGCCUGGCGAAGUACAUUGGUGCAAGGACAAAUUGA